AUGGAGCUUGAGAGAGCUGAUUGUUGUUCGCCGUCGAAGGAGGACGACAAAAAACUCGAUCGUGAGGCCGAAAGAAAGAAAACGGCAAAGAGCAAGCCCAAACGCUCAGCUACAAUGCCUCGUAUGGAGUAUCAACCAGGCAUGUACAAGAAUCGAGCUUCUGCCCGGAAUCCAGCAUCAGAAGGCUUUCGACACGCCUUCUUGUCGUUGAAAAGGCCCACGCCGUCUGGUUCUCUGAUUUCCACAUCUUUGGACAGGAAGAGGGAUUUCCUUCUGAGGUAUUUCUCAACGACACAUCUGGCACAGGUCUACUGGAGCGAUGUGCACGCGGCCGAUCACAACAGUCAUAUCGUUCCAUUAGCUUUACAGAAGCCCGCCCUUUUCAACGCAAUGAUGGCCAAAGCCCUCACAGAUUUCCGUUUCGGAGACGAUGCGUUGUCGGACGACAUGGUUCUCCGGUGCAAUGAUAAUGAAAUUAGAUCAGUCAAGAUUGAUUUUGCCUUUUUCAAGGUACAGGCGUUGAAGCAUCUGAGAUCGAGUUUGGAUGAUGGAGCGAUGCGUGAGAUCUGCCCAUCUAUUGUGAUGACCACAAUUUUCUUGGUUAAAACAGAGCUGGUAGAAGGAAACGUAAAAGAAGUGCGCUUGCAUUUGCGUGCAUUGCGAGAGUUGUUCCAAAACGGUGUUUCCCUAGAGUUUCUCUCGCCUUGCGCGAGGUCACCUUCAUUGCUUACAAUAAAUUUGGCUUGUUCGGUCUGUCAAGAGCCUCCAAUCCUUGUGCCGGCUUCUUGUGCGAACACCGCCAUGUCAGACGAAUUCACGAAGGCCAUGAACGAUUGUCCCAUAGCAACCUUGUCGAAUCUGGCUCAGGGUUUCAGCAACCCAGCGAUAAUGAAGCUAUUGGGGCCCCACAUACUGUCCUAUAUUCCAUGGCAGAAGAAUCUUAUCUUGAUGAAAGAAAUGUCAAUGUCUGGGCGCCUGAAGAGGACGACUAUAGAAGACUAUGCAAUAGCGACAAGUAUGGUGCAUCGUGCCGAUUACCAUCUACUGAGUCUUCCAUACUUGACAGAUCUUUCUCCGGUGCAAGACGUCGUUCGAGUGGUGCUAUUGAUUGCAGACAUGUCAACUUUCCUGGGGCGUUUCCGGGGAACAGCCUCGGCGACUUCAUUGGCAUUGCAGCUGAAAGGGACUCUGGAAGCAAUGAAUCUGCCCAAUAUGGAGUAUUUCGAGCACGGAGCCGUUUGCUUGGUCUUUUGGGCGUGUUUUUAUGGCCUUGACUUGUCAAGGUCUGCAGGAGACCGGCUGUGGUUCAUGUCACAUUUGAAGCGGUGCUUGAAGGUUCUUCGACUCAGCGAACCUGCUGAUAUCUUCAAGCUUCUUGUAAGCUUCAUGUACACAGAAAGGCAAUACUCUGGUAUCUCUGAAAUUGUCUGGAAGGACCUGACCGGACCUGGCCAACAUGAAACAGACCGCAGUCUAGGAUCCGAUACAGAGAAAGAGGAAAGGAAAUUGCAGACAUUGUGA